GUGCCCAGCUCAGGACGCCCAGUCACCGUCGGAUGAGCUGAGCUGAGGGUGUUCGGAUGGCGUCGCCGCUGCGUAACGGGGAUCAGGCGGCGGCGGGGGGACGGAGGAAGGAGUCGAGGCGGCUGGGGACGCUCCUCCUGGUGCUGCGGGUGGCGGCGCUGUGCUUUAGCCUCGCGGCGGCGGUGUUCGCGGCGACGGACGGCGCCGUGCUGCGGCUGGCGCCGUUCAGGUUCCUGCUGGCGGCGAACGCGAUCGUGGCGGUAUACUCGGUGUUCGAGGUCGCCGCGGCGGCGUGGGAGGUGGCCAAGGGCGCCACGCUGCUCCCGGAGGCCUUGCAGCUCUGGUUCGACUUCGGCCACGACCAGGGUUUCGGGUACAUGGCGCUGGCAGCGGCGGCGGCGGCGGCGCGGGAAGCGGCGUUGUGCGGCGGAGGCCAGGAGCGGAAUAUCAGCAGCACGGCGUGCCUGCAGGGCGACAUCGCCGUGGGGCUCGGGUUCGCGGCGUUCGCUUUCCUGGCGCUGGCGGCGCUCGCGACGGGGUUCCGGCUCGUCCGCUUCCUCGCCACCGGUUCCCGGCUCCCGGCGGGGGCCUCCUCCCCGUAUUGACCGGCGCGCGUGGGGCCAUGGAGCAUACUUUCCGUACGUAGUAGCUACUCGUGCGAUGAACUGAUCGGAGUGCGGCUAGCCAGAGCACUUCGAUUCUUCGGUGGUUUUGAUCGAUCGGUGGGGUGAUUAUUACAGUAUGCACUACGCUUGAUUAGCUCGACAAUAUUAGAUGGAUGUGUGUGAUGUGUACGCAAGAUUCUGCGGGAUAUACCAGUGAAACAUAGGAGGUGCAUGACGAGUGUGUUUUUUCAUUUUGGGUUUGCUAUAUCUGGCCGGUGGGACUCACCCUCGUUCUUUUUUUUCUGGGGAUUUUUUUGCCGAGAAUUUGGGGAGCUUCAUCGGUAAUUACAUUCGAUUACAAUUAGCCCUGAAGCUGUAAUAAGAAAGGAUGAACGUUCGUGUGGCCA